UUAUCUAUCGCUAUUCAUUUGUUCUAUCUCUCGUUCAAUAAAUAAACCAUAUUUCAACCCAAAUGUGACAUAAUUAGACCACAUAACAUUAUAAUAGCUACCGUGACAGCCUCAAUCAUGACAAUAUGGAUAACAUCACCUUUCGAGUGGAAACUCAUUAAAAUUACACAUAAUUGCGGUGGAAUCAUUGAGCUAUAUUAUUGAACGAUUGGCUAAUGAAAGUUUGUCACGAUUUGUAACUGUUUUAUUAGCUGGUAUGUUAUUAUUAUUUUAGUGUUUAGUAAAUGAGAGCUUUAGGAAGGAGCUUCCUUUCCCGAUUUUUUAAACACAAAUCAUCAAUUACUAAGUGUAAGCUUAAUUUAAAACCAUGUUCUCCGAACGCACAUACCAAGCUCGCAUUAUCCAAGAGGACUAUCGCUCAGCAGCAACCUCAAAAUACGUGCAACCUGACGAACCAACCAAAGUGAAGUUGCUCUUUCAAGCUGUGAAGAAGAAAGCAGCGUCAUACUUGGUGAUCUUUCUCGAUACAUCCUCUAUACAUGGACUGAAUCAUCUUGUUGCGCCUGGGAGACAUCCUUUGGAAGUCUUACUUUGGUUAGCUCUGGUUAUCCUCUCCGUCUUCGGCUCCGUGUACCUCUCCAGCACUACGUGGGAGCGCUACCAGUCCUCACCCACCGUGGUUUCCAUGGACCGAGACAUGUUCGCAUGGAACACCACGUUUCCGUGCGUCACCAUUUGUCCGCAUCGGAGAAUUGAUGAGAAGAAACUGGAGCUAUAUGUUAGAAACUCGCCAGUCCCAGACAAGACAGCCCUCAAAAAAUUCAUUAUGCAAUUAUCCAACUCAACCUACAAGAACUUCGAGAAUCUAUCCGACUACGACCCAAUACCUCCCACCGAGUACCUACCUACCCUUCUCAAUCUGACUGCUUCGUUUGGACCCACACUGACUAUAGGAGCUUCGGGGAUUCUUCUAAAGGUCCAACCCACUAUUACGGAGAUGGGACUGUGUUACGCCAUCAACUCGAAAGUUGCUGAGUAUAAUUCGCCUUCAUAUAGAGAAGCAAAUAGAUGGGAUCUGAUAAAACAUCAAAAUGAAACGUUUUUCGUUCAUCCCUUGGACGGUGAAGUUUUCGCCCAAGUUAUUAAUUUAUCGACUGCUUAUGAUGUGUAUAUCCACGGCCCCCUGGAAGUGCCAGACAUAUCAACGAAGUUCCAGCACUCAGCACUGGACUUCUACAUGAAGAUGUAUGUGACCGCUCUCACCGUUUACACUUCGCCUGAAGCAGCCAAGCUAAGUGUAGCCCAGCGUCGAUGCCGCUUCCUCAACGAAAACCCGCUAAAGCAUAACUCUGUCUAUACAUACACCAUGUGCCGUAUGGAGUGUCGGAUUCGGCUAUGUAUGAAGUAUUGUGGCUGUAUACCUUACUUCUACAGGAGAAUUGGCGAUGAAAAUAUUUGCAAUGUGGCUGGAAUGCGCUGUCUCUCUCAAUACCAUGAUGAGCUGUACAAGCUGGAAGUAGACAAGGAUAAGAAGAAAAUUAACUGCGGCUGUUUUCCCAUCUGCGACGAUGUCAACUACGUUAUACAAUCCUAUGUUUUGCAAGAAUGGUUUCUGGGCACGAACCUGCAGUGGGGCAUCGUUACUUAUCCUCGGAUGCGGUACAGGAGAGACAUUAUUUUUGGUUUUACUGACGUGCUAGUGGCAGUGGGCAGUAUGGCGGGAUUGUUCCUGGGAUGCAGUGUGCUCAGUUUCAUGGAGAUCGUCUACUUCCUGUCGCUGAGACUCUUCUUCUACACGAAGGAUGCACUCACCCAGAAGACUUAAUCAAACAUUUUACUUAAGGGUUGCUUGUCUGGAGUAAGCUACAAUAAUUAUUCUGAUUUAUGCAUGUAUGUCUUCUACCAUGUCGAAACCUUAUGUCGCCAUGUGCUCUUAUAGUUCG